UGGCUGCACGCCGUCCGCGCCGCCCACCACCAUACCAUCCCUUAUGCCAUAACCUCGUUAACUUGAGUGACGUAAAGCAUUCUUAUAACUAACCGUGUAUAGUGAACGACUAUCGGGGACGUGGCAUCGCUACUUUUAAACCAGUGUCCGCGAACCUUUUAAAGAUAACCUUGCUCGCUGCAUUUAUUAUUCAGUGGCUGCGCUAAGCUAUAGUCAGGAUGGCGCCCUUUACAGGUAACCAUGAAGAUCCCCAACGUCAACGAUAACGGCAAUUUGGUUGUAGAUGAUGAUGUAAAAGUUAUAUCUGAGGAUAUUAACAAUACAAGUUGGUUAGACACAAAUAAUAUAGAAUCAAAAUUAAUCAAUAGCUUGGACGAAAAUAUUCAUUUCAACUCAAAUCAUAACAGAUAUUCGGUUGAUAAUAUUGUAGAAAACAGAAUAUUAAAUUCAGAAAUAACAAAUAAAGAAGAAAACCAAUCAGAACCUGUCGUAUGUAACAUACAAUAUAGAUUAAAUAAUAAAAAAACAGAAUAUUCACAUAUUGGUAAUAAUUGUGUCGAAAAAAGCGAGAAGAUAAAUAUAUGUUGGCAGGAAAGUUCCAUUGUCGAUGCUAAUGUGUCAACAAAUACAACACCGGCUGAUGAAGAACGAGCUUUCGAUUUUUCGGACUCUGAUGAAAUGUCUGAAAAGAGUGUUCAUCCCGUGCCUCGUGGAAUCGUAAAUCCAAACUAUCCUGGCUUUCAGCAUUUAGCUCAUACUUUACAGGAUUAUUCGUCAAAUAUUGAGCCCUACUAUCAUUCGGAAAAUGACAUGACGGACGACGAUUUGGAUGCUGAUAUUAUCGAAUCAAAUUACAACAUUACCGAAAAGUUUAAUAACAAACAAAUAAAGGGGGAUAAUAAUAAUAAAGAAAUUAAAUGCGUAGAAAAAGACAAUGCAAACAAUGAACAGGAGAUAAAAAAAUCCAUAUCUACUUCUAGAAACAACAUACCAGACCUUUUAAAAACUGUAUCACAUAAUAAUAACAAUAUCGAUUCAGUAAACUAUGAUUUUAAUUGUUCAGCCACUGAUAUAGAAAACAAUUUUCACACAACGGAUAUCAUAGGUGACUUUAAUAAGGAAGUUGAAGAUGAAAUAAGGCACUUAUUGAACUACAAUAUAAAUAUCGAAGAUGACUUAGAAGAACUGAGAAAGGAUAUAAAAGACACUUUUGUGAAACCAAUAGAGGCUACAAUUAAUAAUAUAAGUGAUGUAGUAAAUCACGUCAUAAAAAAGUUAGUGGAAAACGACGGUCACGAUAAAAAAGACACUGUGACACCAGACCUUGUCAAUGACCAUGAAAUGGAAGACGUUACUAACAUCAAUAAAGAAAAUGAAAGUAAUACAAGGACCGAAAUGAAUAUAAGUAGACCAACAUUUUUAUUAAUUGACAAUAAUGUUGGUAACAAAAUAACUGAUGCAAUUUUAUCUGAUGGAAAAGAUGAAAUUAAUAUUUAUGAGGAGGAAUACGAUACGGAACAGCUGAGUCAUAAUGUCGAAAACACAAUUAAGCAAUUAAGUACAGAGCUAAGAAAAAUUAUACCAAAAUUAAAUGAAAUGCGGGAACGCGAUAAACUAUGGGCCGAAAAUAAAAAAGAAAUUCCUGUUAUUACUGAUGGAAAUUCGAAUAAUAUAUUACCUAGCUCGUCAAAUCGUAAUUGUGAGACAAGCACACGAUCCCGUCAUCCUGAAGAUAAUACAAAGAGGAGCACACAAAAUAAGCUAAUUUCGAAAGUUAAUCAACAUUCAAUCAAGGCUUAUGUUGAAUCAAAAGUUCGACAGAAUUUUACGAAAACAGUACCAAAAUAUCAAAAUGCGUCCGUCCGUAAAAAUAAUCAGAUUGAAUCGGAUUUCGAUAGUUUCGAUGUAUAUAACAUAGAAACAGCGUUGCCUAAGUUAGAUUUGGAUACAAUCGAAAGUCAUCUAAGAGCAGCUAAAGAUGCCGAAAGACGUAAACGCAAUGACAGAGAAGAGAUUAGGAAACGAUUGGCAAUGGGUGUUGACACUGAUGAGUAUUACAGUUUAGGUCAUAUAGAUCGGCCGGGAAAGAAACCCAGCCUACAUUCAAGACUUCAAAAUGGGAAAAAUCUACAAAUAUGCUUUAUGAACGAAACCGCAUCUGACAAUGAAUCUCAAAUGUCAGAUAUUGAGAAAAAUUUCAACUGUAAUAGUAAGAGUUCUUCAAGAUCAAGUUUAUUUAGCAAGAACAAUUUUAAUCAUCCCUACCAAACCAGACCACUCUCAGUAAAUAUUACAAAAAAUGAGAAAAAUACAAAUACUCAAAGUGGUGCAAAGACACGUCCAACAUCUCUAAUGCUUAAAUCUUCCAAGUCUCGAUCAACACAAUCCCUCGGUCACAUUGAAUUCAAGGAGUCAGAUUUUUUUGCAUUACAAGCAACUCUCCAAACUGAAGCUAGAAUAGCGUUGGCUCAGGCUAAAGAAAUGGCUCGUAUACAAAUGGAGCGCGAGCGUCGCACGCGCGCCGUGUCGCCGGUGACGGAGAUGUUGCGGCGCAGCAUGGAGAAGGCGGGCGCGCCGCUCGCGACCGACCGGCGCCGCGUGUCGCGACACCUGCUCACCGACAUGAACAUCGCGCAGUUGCAGGUGAUAGUAAACGAGCUUCACUCCCAGAUCGAGGCUUUGAAUGACUCUCUAGUGAAGUUGCUGAUGGCCCGCGACGAACUUCACAUGGGACAGGACUCCAUGCUUGUGGACAUUGAAGAUCUCACAAGAUACUUAGGCGUUAAGGAGCAGACGAAGAAGACCAAAGGCACUACGAAGUCCGGAGUUAAGAGGCUCACGUCCUUAGUGCACAAAUAACUAAACGAUAUAUUAAUCUUAGCUACAUUUAUUUCUAUUUGUUAAUGUUAAUAUUGGUCUCUAAAUGUAUUGCCUUAAUCAUGUUUAAUCAAAUAUAUUAUAAAGCUAUUGACUCUUA